CACUUUUAAAUUGAAAAACAAAAUAAAACGUUCAUGCAGUACACAGACAUGCGGUGGACUUCUCAACAAACUACAAUAAAGCUAAAGGUUGUAGGUUACUGGAAGUGAAGUAACAUUAAGAGGAACCUCUCCCAUGCAGCAAGGAUGAUUGGUGUAAAUGCGAUACACCCCCUACUCCAGGUUGAGAGAGGACCACUGUGCGGUGCAAUGUGCAGACUGCUGAACCGUUCCACCAAACACAUACACCAGCGCUGUGCUGCUAGUGUCCUCACAUGGGCAUGCUCACACUGCGCACCCGUUUCAGUGACGCCAUACAGACAGUACAGAUCGAAAGCUCACUCAAGUCAGCUCACCUUGGCUCAAAUGAACCGCAUCUUAAAGGCGAACGAGUACAGUUAUAAAGUCCACGAGUAUGACGGGAGAAACAUUAGUUCUGUCUUGGGGUUCGACAGCAACCUCUUGGCUUCCAAUGUCCCCGUCGAAGACCGCAGGAGUGCAGCUACUUGUCUCCAGAGUAGGGGCAUGCUUUUUGGGGUUUUCGACGGACACGCUGGCUACGCCUGUGCGCAGGCAGUAAGCGAAAGGCUGUUUUACUAUAUAGCGGUCUCUCUGCUUCCUCUAAAGACCCUGAUCGAUAUCGAGGAGGCUGUGGAAAACAAGAGGCCCGUGUUCCCUAUUCUGCAGUGGCACAAGCACCCAAACGACGAUGUCAACACGGUUGCCGGGAAGCUUUACUUUAGCAGCCUUAGAACCUACUGGCAAGACCUGAUUGAACUGUCCGGCGGGGAUCAGACCGACACCGAAACUGCACUUGCCAACGCAUUCAAGAGGCUAGAUAACGACAUAUCUCUUGAAGCCCAGUUGGAACACGGAGACCCGUUUUCACAGUACACUCCGCUCAGGGUUGCUGUAUCGGGGUCAACUGCUUGUGUUGCUCAUGUGGAUGCCGUGGAUUUGCACGUCGCCAAUCUUGGGGACAGUAGGGCAGUGCUUGGCGUUCACAACCACGACGGCACUUGGACCGCGCAGACCAUGAGCAACGAUCACAGCGCUCAGAACCCAGAGGAAGUGAGAAGAGUUCUCUCUCAGCACCCCAAAUCAGAAGAGAAAACAGUGAUCAGGCACGACAGGCUGCUGGGCCUGCUGAUGCCUUUCAGAGCUUUCGGGGAUAUUAAAUUCAAAUGGAGCAGCGGGCUUCAAAACAGUGUGUUCGAAACCCGGGCGGAGCUGCUGUCUGGGAUAGAGUAUACAAAGUCACUCCCGACCAACUAUCACACCCCUCCCUACCUUACCGCAGAGCCGGAAAUCACUUACCACAGGCUAAGACCCCAAGAUAAAUUCCUUGUCCUGGCCACAGAUGGUUUGUGGGAGCAGAUGCACAGGCAGACUGUAGUGCGAGUCAUAGGCGAGCACCUAACAGGGAUCCGCUUGCAUCAGCCGCUGUCGGGCCUCUCUUUUACUUUGGGCCAGAUGCACAGCUUGCUUGCUGAAAGAAAGGCUUGGGUUUCUUCUGGUUUCGAUCAUCACAACACAGCCACACAGCUGAUCCGACACGCUUUGGGUAGCGACAAGUUCGGUACAGUGGAGCACAGUCGCUUAUCCAAGAUGCUAAGUCUACCACAAGAGCUGGCAAGGAUGUACAGAGAUGAUAUAACUGUUACUGUGGUACACUUCAAUCCCCAGAUUGUCCAAGCACAUUAUAAAGGAGAUAGUUUCUGAAAGCCAAUCAUGACAGUCAGUAUUGCUAACUCAUCAGUUACACUCUACAGCUUGUCCAAGGUAGACUACAAACUAGUAAAAAUGCUAACUGCUAGUUAUUUAUUAAUGGCACUUUAACUUGUUUAUCUAAGUAUGGAUCUUUCUUGUGUGUUUCCUUUUUUAGAUUAGGUAACUUGGUGAAAAGGAGGUACUUUAAAUAGCAUUCAAAUACUUUGCUGUAGCUGAUUUUUCAAAUGUUUUUGAACUGUAAUUGGCUUGUUGUUUCACAAAACGCAGUGCAAUACCAAAAGCGAAAUAUUGGCGUCUUUAAUUUAUGUUGUGUUUAUGAAUGCUUAUCUUACGUGUGUUAUAGUCAAAAUUAAAUACAGAAUCUAACAUUAAAAAGCAUGUUGUGUAUUUUAAUUGAAAUCUUCUAAAAUGUAAUUCUAACCAGUAACAAAGGUAGAAAAAUAUAUAAUCUUUAUUUAUAUAUAGCACCUUUAAUAGUGGACCAUCAGCACUUUAGAGGUAGGCUGUGAACUGUGCAUUAUAUGCAGUCACUUACAAUAGGACAUUGAUUUAACAUCUCACUUGCAGGAUGGAGCAUGAGGUUAAGUGACUUGCUCAGUCACACAGUGAGUCAGUCAGUG